AUGUUCUCACCCUGCUCAGACCCACAUGUUCUCACCCUGCCCAGACCCACCAGUUCUCACCUUGCCCAGACCCACCAGUUCUCGCCCUGCCCAGACCCACCAGUUCUCACCCUGCCCAGACCCACAUGUUCUCACCCUGCUCAGACCCACCUGUUCUCACCCUGCCCAGACUCACAUGUUCUCACCCUGCCCAGACCCACCAGUUCUCACCUUGCCCAGACCCACCAGUUCUCACCCUGCCCAGACCCACAUGUUCUCACCCUGCUCAGACCCACCAGUGCUCACCAUGCCCAGACCCACAUGUUCUCACCCUGCCCAGACCCACCAGUUCUCACCUUGCCCAGACCCACCAGUUCUCACCCUGCCCAGACCCACAUGUUCUCACCCUGCCCAGACCCACCAGUUCUCACCCUGCCCAGACCCACCAGUUCUCACCUUGCCCAGACCCACCAGUUCUCACAUUGCCCAGACCAACCAGAACUCACCCUGCCCAGACCCACCAGUUCUCACCCUGCCCAGACCCACCAGUUCUCACCCUGCCCAGACCCACCAGUUCUCACCCUGCCCAGACCCACCAGUUCUCAACCUGCCCAGACCAACAGUUCUCACCCUGCCCAGACCCGCCAGUUCUCACCCUGCCCAGACCCACAUGUUCUCACCCUGCCCAGACCCACCAACCCGCCAGUUCUCACCCUGCCCAGACCCACCAGUUCUCACCCUGCCCAGACCCACAUGUUCUCAACCUGCCCAGACUCACAUGUUCUCAACCUGCCCAGACUCACAUUUUCUCACCUUGCCCAGACCCACCAGUUCUCACCCUGCCCAGACCCACCAGUUCUCACCCUGCCCAGACCCACCUGUUCUCACCCUGCCCAGACUCACAUGUUCUCACCCUGCCCAGACUCACAUGUUCUCAUCCUGCCCAGACCCACCAGUUCUCACCCUGCCCAGACUCACAUGUUCUCAACCUGCCCAGACCCACAUGUUCUCACCCUGCCCAGACCCACCAGUUCUCACCCUGCCCAGACUCACAUGUUCUCACCCUGCCCAGACCCACCAGUUCUCACCCUGCCCAGACCCACCAGUUCUCACCCUGCCCAGACCCACCAGUUCUCACGCUGCUCAGACCCACCUGUUCUCACCCUGCCCAGACCCACCAGUUCUCACCCUGCCCAGACCCACCAACCCACCAGUUCUCAACCUGCCCAGACCCACCAGUUCUCACCCUGCCCAGACCCACCAGUUCUCACCCUGCCCAGACGCACCAGUUCUCACCCUGCCCAGACCCACAUGUUCUCACCCUGCCCAGACCCACCAGUUCUCACCCUGCCCAGACGCACCAGUUCUCACCCUGCCCAGACCCACCAGUUCUCACCCUGCCCAGACGCACCAGUUCUCACCCUGCCCAGACUCACAUGUUCUCACCCUGCUCAGACCCACCUGUUCUCACCCUGCCCAGACUCCCAUGUUCUCACCCUGUGA